AUGGAGAUGAAGAUGGACGAGAAGCUAAGUGUCAAUGAACUACUAAAACGAGCUGCGAAGCUACUCUUUGGUAACAUCAAUCUCGCUUUCUUCCUCUUCCUCUGUUCUCUUCCUCUCUUUUGUUUCUUGAUCUUCUUCGAGCUCUCUCUUCAAACCACCGUCUCUCUCACCUACCGAUUCCUCUCCCAAGAACUCGAUUUUGUAGAUUUUUUUGCUCUUCAAGAUCAGAAAAACUUGUCUGAAAACGAUCUGAUUCCAUGGCUGAUCCAUACAUCUCUGCUCGUUCCCUUACAGCCUUCUUGA